GGUCAGAGACUGCAGACAUACUACAGGAGAUGGUCAGAGACUGCGGACAUGAUAUAGUAGAUGGUCAGAGACUGCAGACAUACUACAGGAGAUGGUCAGAGACUGCGGACAUGAUACAAGAGAUGGUCAGAGACUGCAGACAUGAUACAAGAGAUGGUCAGAGACUGCAGACAUGAUACAAGAGAUGGUCAGAGACUGCAGACAUGAUACAAGAGAUGGUCAGAGACUGCAGACAUGAUACAAGAGAUGGUCAGAGACUGCAGAACAUGCUAUAGGAGUUGGAGACUGGGGACAACCAUUGAAUGGAGA